AUGGCGUAUAUUCUAUUCACACCGAUUCUGAUGGCAAUCAUCACCAGCGCGUCGAUGCUCACAGGCUGCCAGUUUUCCCUCUCCUACGUGUCCCUCCCCACAGUCCUUCAGACCCCGCCAGAUACGCCCGAGCACCUUAUCCUCGCACAGUUCAAAACUUCCUUCCUCCGGGGCUUCCAUCUUUGCCCUAUGAACGCCAUCCCUACCAGUGUGGUCUGCUUACUCAAUGCCAUUUUAACUUACUGGUAUGGCGAUACCAAGCGAGCCCUGCUUCUUUUAGUAGCCGGCGCAUUCAUCGUCGGCAUCGUGCCCUUCACGCUCCGAUUCAUCGUUCCAUUGGAGGAGACUCUUUUGAAGAAGAAUGCAGAGGUGCAGAAAGCGAGAGGAGCUCAGGCGAAUGAAAUUGCAGGAGAGAAAAUCGGUGCAAUUGUUGUGGGAAGUGAUGGUGGAGUGCCGGAGACACGGAAGCAGAUUGAAGAGUGGGUGAGGUUAAAUUACAUCAGGACUAUUUUCCCAGCGAUUGGAGUCGCUGUGGCCUGGAGUCUUUGGUGA